AUGGCCGAAACAUCUACCGAACCGCAGUCAGCGUCGACAUCAACGCCGCUGCCCCGCAUCGCGAUCCAGUUCUGCACUCAGUGUCCUACCUCUAUACGGGAGGUGGCCGUUGAUGACCUCAUCCUCGGCAACAUCCCUGACACCCUCAACCUCCUCUUCCAACCCCUCCAACUCGUGCUUGGCCUAUUCGCCCAAGAGCUCCUAUCGACGUUCGGAACCUCCAUCGGCGAGGUCGCCCUCCAACCCUCCACAGGUGGCACCUUCACCGUGACGCUAACCCACCAACCCGCCGGCGCGACAACGACCUCCUCAACGAUCCUCUGGGACCGCAAGACCGAAGGAGGCUUCCCCGAGACCAAGGAGCUCAAGCGCCGUCUCCGCGACGUCAUCCAGCCCGGCAGAGACCUCGGCCACGUCGACCGUAAACACGCGACGACGGAUCAGACUUCAACGACAGCAACAGCAAUCACACCCGAAACCUCUACCCAACAACCACCGACCCUGGCCUCCGACGCACUCGCCGCGGCGCCGACAAUGACGAUGCCUUCCUCCGCAGCCGCCUCGGACGUGGUCUCCCAGCUCAAGAAGCACCCCGCCAACGCAGGCCACUCCCCAGCCGGCAGCGAAACGAAGCCCACCUCCGAGAGCAAAGAACACAAUGAAUCCUCUUCUCUAAGCGACGCAGCCCGAGACGCCAUCGGCGCAGCUCGCGCGAACAAGGGACAGCAGGCCAAGGCCGAGAUCUCGCCCGCAGGCCAGCUGCCUGGUCAGCAAUAUGACGAUCCGCCGGCCAAGUUCAACAAGGAGAAGUGCGAGGACUGUGCAUGA